UCUGUUUCCUCAUGUGUACUAGAUUCUUUUGGAUUCACUGAGUCGAGAACAGACAAUGGAUCCUGUGAUUGUAGUUGACGCUGCAGACAUUCAGCCAGUGUCCACUGAAUCACUGCGUGGUCCGCUUCAUGCUCCUCCCACGCUGACAGGAAGUGAGCGCCACCAUGUCUUCGUCAGCUACAGCAGCACUGACAACCAGUGGACCCACUCCAUCAUCAACCAGCUGGAGUCCCGCAGGCUGCAGGUCUGCUACCACGAGCGCGACUUCACUCCCGGCCGCACUGUGCUGGAGAACAUGUCUGAGUGUAUCCAGGAGAGCCAGAAGGUCCUGCUGGUUCUCAGCCAGGAGUUUGUGAGGAGCCGCUGGUGUCUCCUGGAGGCCAACAUGUCUCUGUUCAGAGACUGCUUGGAGAGGAAACCAAUCAUCCCAGUGCUGCUGGAGCCGGACGUCCCAAUCCCCCUCCACCUCUGUCACCUGACGUACCUGGAUGCCAGUGAUCCCGGCUUCAUGAAGAAGCUGCUCAAGGUGCUCUACACGCCAAACCAGCAGCUACAGAGCUCAACGGUGGUGCCUUUCCAGCCUCCCUCCAUCUACAAUGGGAAGGCCUUGCAGCCUUUGGUUGCUGUCAAUGAGGAAGAACUCAAUAAAUGGAAUCCUGGUCACUUCAAUGAUAUGAAUGUACCAGACCAGCUGCGUCUGAUCAUUGAGGAUCAAGAGAAGUACAAGCAGGCGAUAAGGAUUAUCAACCGUGUCGCUGAAAAUCAACUAAUCAUGUGUUUUUUCGGGAAUGGAGUACUGCUGACCUUGUUUCUGCUUUUUGUGAACUCUGUUGUUGCAUUUACUUCUAUAGUGAUCUAUGCAUUUGUGUAUGACAGUUCUUUACAUGUUUCCAUUGGGCUGCAGGUGAUUGGUAUCCUGAAUGUUAUUAUGGUUGGAAUUGGGUUCUUGAUUUAUGCCAUAAUGUGGAAGAAGGAUCAAACAAAGAACAAUCUGAGGGCGAUGCAGAAAGCUGCUGGAGAGGCAAACAUAAUUCUCUCAGAGGAGAAGCUCCUAAUUGGUUGUAUGUCCAAUUCAAAACUAUCCCUAGUUUAUGUUUUUCUGGACGGUUGUAAGCAGGAGUUUGCAGAAACCUUUUCUGAAGAUGGUAAUGCUGAGAAUAUGUUUAAAAAAGCACUCAGGUACUUCUCAUCAGGUUAUGCCUGCUGCCUUACCAAAAGACAUUUUCCCUUUUCACUUGGCAGCAGUGGGGGUCACCUGGAGGGAGGGGUCUGUUUCUGUCAGUAUGUGUCCCAGCAGCUCAGAACAGAGCAGUGGGAAUAGCAGCCAGGACUGGUGCUGGGUCUGGAUUUUCUUAGCAACAUGUUCUGUCCUCUUAUUUGACUAUAAAAUUACUCUUACAAAAUCAUCUCUUCAUUGCCUAGACUCGUUCCAGCCAGCGUGAGCCAGUUCAAAUAGUUUGAGACAAAUACUACUGUCACACAGACAAUAAUGUUGGGUUUCAUAGCUUAUAUUUGAUCCUACAUUGCAUCAACAAGGCUGAAAAGCCUGUCUCUCUACGCACUUCAGCUUAGUACACAUAGAGUAAUUGCUAUUAAAUGAAUCUAUGACAUAAAGUUGAAUUCUGACUGUCAUUUUAUGUCUUUGUUUUUUAAAGCUAAGGUUGGCGAUUUGAAUGAGAUACAUUUUUUUAAAUACUGGUUAAAAUGAUCUUUAUGACCCAAUGGGAAGCAAU